UGGCCGGGCGGCAGGACGCCGGGGCGCACCAUGCCCACGUUCGACCAGGCGCUGCGGAAGGCGGGCGAGUUCGGGCGCUUCCAGCGGCGCGUGUUCCUGCUGCUGUGCCUGACCGGCGUCACCUUCGCCUUCCUCUUCGUCAGCGUGGUUUUCCUGGGCAGCCAGCCCGACUACUACUGGUGCCGGGGGCCGAGCGCCGCCGCGCUGGCCGAGCGCUGCGCCUGGAGCCCCGAGGAGGAGCGGAACCGCACCGCGCCCGCGCCCCGCGCAGCCCCCGAGCGCCGCGGCCACGGCCAGUGCCAGCGCUAUCUGCUGGAGGCGGCCAACGCCAGCACCGCGCUCGGCUGCGCAGACCCGCUCGCCGCCUUCCCCAACCGCUCCGCGCCGGUGGUGCCCUGCAGCGGAGACUGGCGCUACGUCCAGACGCACCACACCAUCGUCAGCGAGUUUGACCUUGUCUGUGUCAAUGCAUGGAUGUUGGACCUCACCCAAGCCAUCCUCAACUUUGGCUUCCUGACUGGGGCAUUCACCUUGGGCUAUGCAGCAGACAGGUAUGGCCGACUGGUAGUUUACUUAAUAUCCUGUUUCGGUGUUGGUGUCACGGGGGUCGUGGUGGCAUUCGCGCCAAAUUUCCCUGUGUUUGUGAUCUUCCGCUUCCUCCAAGGUGUAUUCGGAAAGGGCACGUGGAUGACUUGCUUCGUGAUUGUGACAGAAAUAGUCGGUUCGAAACAAAGGAGGAUUGUGGGAAUCGUUAUCCAAAUGUUCUUCACCCUUGGAAUCAUAGUUCUCCCUGGAAUUGCCUACUUUACCCCCAGUUGGCAGGGGGUCCAGCUGGCCAUCACGCUGCCCAACUUUCUCUUCCUCCUUUACUACUGGGUGGUUCCCGAGUCUCCCCGCUGGCUGAUCACCAGGAAGGAAGGCGACAGGGCACUGCAGAUCCUGAGGCGUGUGGCUAAGAGCAAUGGGAAAUACCUCUCCCCAAAUUACUCGGAGCUCACUGUUACAGAUGAGGAAGUUAGCAAUCCGUCCUUUUUAGAUCUUGUGAGAACUCCACAGAUGAGGAAAUGCACACUUAUACUUAUGUUUGCCUGGUUCACGAGCGCUGUGGUCUACCAAGGACUUGUCAUGCGCCUGGGAAUCACUGGAGGCAACCUCUACAUAGACUUCUUCAUCUCGGGGGUCGUGGAGCUGCCGGGAGCUCUCUUGAUCCUUCUGACCAUUGAGCGAAUUGGACGACGCCUCCCCUUUGCAGCAAGCAAUAUCGUGGCAGGGGUGGCAUGCCUGGUGACUGCGUUCUUACCAGAAGGGAUACCGUGGCUGAGGACCACAGUUGCUACCCUGGGAAGACUAGGGAUAACCAUGGCCUUUGAAAUAGUUUAUCUGGUAAAUUCAGAGUUGUACCCAACAACAUUACGGAACUUCGGAGUCUCCCUCUGCUCGGGCUUGUGUGACUUUGGGGGUAUCAUAGCCCCAUUUCUGCUCUUCCGACUAGCAGCCGUGUGGCUGGAACUACCUCUGAUCAUCUUUGGGAUACUGGCAUCUGUCUGCGGUGGACUCGUGAUGCUUUUGCCUGAAACCAAGGGUCUUGUCUUGCCAGAGACAGUGGAUGAUGUAGAAAAGCUGGGCAGUUCACAUGCUCACCAGUGUGGGAGGAAAAAGAAAAUUCAAGUUUCCAGCUCUAACGUCUGAGGCCCUUGCAUCACCUGGAAGAAGUAGCUGUGUGGGCAAGCUCCAGGAGAGGCUAGCCUGGUGGGACUAUACCUGUGCAGUGUACUUCUGCUCCUCUAGGUGGCGCCCUUCUGAGCACAUCUUUAAAGACACUGGAGUAUUUUAUAUGAUGAAGAAUGAGUUCAGUGUAUCAUGCUACCUGUUUCUGGGAACGCCUCAUCUUCAGCUGUCUUAGCAAAGAACCUCUAGGCACACAGCCCCUGCCCGGGUUUUCUCCCACUGGGAGCAAGUCUCUGUUCCAUUGGGUUAAAAGGAGACGAGAGAGCCCCUGCCCAGUUCCCAGCUAGCAUGCGAGGUGUGCAAACCAAGGAUCGAGGCAAGUAUACAGAAAUGUGCUCAGCAGAUCUGAUCAAGGACAGAGCAGUGAGCUAAGUGUUGUGCAGUCUGAGAAUAGAGGUUUGGGUAUCCUGCUAUUUCUGCCUCCCUCGAGCUCCGCACACGCGUGUUCACAAAGCAGACAUGUCUGGUGUCCCGUCUGUCUCUCCACCUCCUCUGCAGCCUAUGGGGUUCCAGGAUCUGGGUUAGGCAGAGUUUUCUAAAUAAAAACAAGUCUGCAGCACAAUUGAGAGUCUCUCUAUACUGUUUAUAAAAUCACGUUGGGGUCCUGAGAUCGAUCAUUCAGAAUAUUUUGUGUGAUCCUUCAGUGAAGCCCGGAAGUCACAGAUUCUUUACUGAAAAGAAAACAUGGGUUAUAAUUUCCUGGGCCUUAGAAUUUUAAAAGUAAAGGGAUAUUGAUGUUGCAUUUGUGAAUUCAGUUCCAAUGGUGCCUGUGGUCAAGAGUCAAAAAUACAGAGAGUUCUUAUUCCAUCUUGCACUUCGGCUUGUCUUGGGAGGAAAAAAAAUCCUUAGUUUCAUUUAAAGGGAAAGUCAGUUAUAUCUAUGCUUAAAAAAAUUAGCAGCAGCUUUAUAAGUGACUUAAAAGAUACUAAUAAGGGACUUGAUCUUUCUUUUUUCAUCCAGACUUUUGAAGUGUGGGACUUAAACACAAACAUAGUGUUCUACUCGGUGUGGUGUUCUUGUUACAGUCACUGAUUCGGUAUUUAUCUUAUGCUGAAUUGUUUUAGCUUAAAACUCUGUGUGGACAGGCGAAAUUGGUACUAAAAGGAACCCUUGCUGAUGAAGAAGAAAACAGGAACAUGGAGAAUUCACAUGUUUCUGAUAGUAUGCAUGUGUGUGCCGACUGUAAAAUAAACUUUUCUAUUCUGAAAGCUCAACAGAACUGAGGUGCGCACUCUGUCCGUGGAGAAAGCACAGCUUUGGGGAUUUGAUACCACACCCACUUCGUAUGCAGACGUGUGCUGUGAUUUUCUUUGUAUUUCUUUGCUAUAACACGCCUGUUGUUAUUCCAUCACCUUUGGAUUGUAUUUUGAUUUGCUAUUUUUGUUUCAAAACAAUAAAAAAAUUGUUUC